CUCGAAUUAAGUUUUCCAUACCCUAAUGGCUAUUCACCACCUCUUGACUCUUGGUCUCGCAGCGGCUGCAAUAGCAUCUCCAGCUCCAUCCAGCGACGCAACACCCACCGACCCAAAAGACGCCCUCGUCAAGAAAGACGACUGGGACAAGUACCUCAAGUACAAGGCCAGUCUAGGUGGCCCCCAAGCUUCCGAACAGGAAGCUGUGCACCGCCUAUGUGACCUGGUGCUCUGUCUAGGUCCAAACCACACCGGAGAAUGCAGCCUUUGGUGCUACUACAAAAAUCAAGCUCAGAGCUUUGAAGAAGCAAAACAGCGGCAGGUGACGAUGUCGACAUGGUUCAGAAAGUCGGAUCGUUGUAAUUUCUACGCUUCUGGUGCGAUGAAGUGUGACCUUGACAUCCUGAUGACUUCGACGACCUUCCACCAGGUAAUCACGAAUUCAGGAGCUCUUCCUGGGGGCAAUUUCGAUGAUAAGCUGAAGGGAAAGAUGGGAUGCGUGGUCUGCUCCGACUUUCCAGAAGACUAGCUCAUGUCAGAUGUGUCAUGCCAACACAUGAAUAGAGGCGAAAGCCUAUCACACUUCUAAGCCUAUCUACAAUCACUGCAGUUUGAACGCACUUGAGAAAGGUACAAUAGCCG